AUGGUUGCUGUUGCAGACGAACGAGGUCUUGAGAUUGAUGCGGCGUGCAAAGAGGCCGAUCAUGAAGAUGAAUUUGCAGAUGAACAGAGCUACCUAAGCUCUUUGACUUCGAGCGUUCUCAAUUAUAAAUAUGAGAACGGCCGACGGUACCAUGCGUUUCGUGAAGGAAUAUACCCACUCCCCAAUGAUAAAGAGGAGCAAGACCGCAUGGACUUUGUUCACCACAUCUACCUUUUACUCCUAGGCGGUGCACUGUACCUUGCACCGAUAUCGAAUCCGGGCAGAGUUUUGGACCUCGGAACAGGGACAGGCCUAUGGGCAAAUGACUUUGCAGAUGAGCAUCCGAAUGCUGAAGUUUACGGAACGGACUUGAGUGCCAUCCAGUCGCCAUGGGUCCCGCCUAAUGUGAUCUUUGAAAUCGACGACUUCGAAACCGAGUGGUCGUAUUCAUCCGGCUUUGACUUUAUACAUACCCGUGAGCUCAUGGGAUCCAUCAGUGAUCAUGAUCGCUUCAUGUCUCAGGCAUUUGAAAAUCUAAACCCCGGCGGAUGGCUUGAGAUGCAAACUACCGACCCAUCAGUCUUCUCAGUCGACGGAGGGAUGGCGAGAGCAAAAGUUCUACCCAGCUACAUUGCAAACCUGCAAAGAGCUAGUGGCAUGUUCGGCAAAUCCUUGACCGAAGCCCACACCUGGCCCAGCAGAAUGGUUAGGGCUGGUUUUAAAGAUGUCCAGGUCCAGGUCCUAAUGCUUCCAGUUGGCACUUGGCCAAAGGAUCCAAAGCUGAAGGAGAUAGGUAAAUUUCAGCAAGUGCAGGCGGUGCAAGCUGUUGGCUCAUACACUCCUGCUUUAUUCACCCGUGUGCUGAAAUGGACUCGGGAAGAGGUCAACGAUCUUUGUGACGACGUCCGAGCGGAGCUUCAGGAUCGGUCCUUGCAUCUCUAUUUAAAAGUGCAUAUUGUUAUUGGGAGGAAACCAUAG